AUGUUUGCCCAGAGGUUUGAUCCGGCGGCGGUUGGGGCGGCCGAUCCGGCCAAAAAAUUGUUUAGCCGAAAGAGGAAGGCCAGUGAAAUGGAGAAGAAAGAUGAGAGCGAAAAGGAGAGCGAAAGUGAGAGUGAAAGUGACAGUGAAAGUGAGAGUGAGAGUGAAAGUGAGAGUGAGAGUGAAAGUGAGAGUGAAAGUGAAAGUGGAGACAAUAAAAAAUGGAAAGUA